AUGAGCAGUGCCUUUGUUGUGAAUGCGGAUAUCAAGCCACCAAACGAUAUCACCCAGGCGUCCAGGUCUCUCUUCAUCAAGUGCGAUCUGAUGGAAUUUCUCUUUGAAGGCAUUGAUGAACUGGAGCCGACCGAACCGAACCUCAAGCUUGUCGAUGUCAACUUGAUUGGGGUCAUCUACACGGCCAAACUUGCAGCCCAUUACUUUCACCGACAACCGCGGGAAACAUUCGAUCGGUGCUUAAUCGUGGUUGGCAGCAUCAUGGGCUUCAUUGACACGCAGGGAUCAUCCAUAUAUGGUGCUGCUAAGCAUGGCGUUCGCGGUCUGAUGUGUUGCCUUCGUCGAAAAGGCGCCUUGCGGGUCAAUCUUCUGGCUCCUUGGUUUACUGCGACGGAUAUUAUGCCCCGAGAUUUUAUGGAGUCGCUCACGCAACAGUUUCGUGCCCAAGGCCUUGAUUUUGCCGCAGUAGAAGAUGCCGUAUCCGCCGUGUUCCGCAUUAUCACGGAUUCCUCGAUCAACGGGCGCUCUAUUGCCGUCGUGCCACGGCAGCUAUCAGCCUCUGGAUAUUUAGACCUGGACUUGGAUGAUUUCGUGGCUGGAACCCCAGCGGACAAGAUGCAGAAGGUGGCCAGUUCUAUUUCGUAUGGAUUUAUGUCCAAAUAA